AUGGGUGCUUGCAACACUCGUAUAGAAUCUCACAAACUUCUCUCCUUUCAUCUCUUCAUGAUUUCCAUUUUCUUCUUCCUAAUAUUCUUCCCUUCCGCAACUUCGUUGUCCUUCAACUUCUCCAGCUUUGGUUCAAAUAACCAUAAUAUAUCCUUCGACGAAGCAGGAGACGCUGUAUAUUCUUCGGACGGAUGCAUCCAACUGACCAGAAACGAGAACGACAAGCAAUCGAAUGAUAGUUGGGGUCGAGCCAUGUAUAGCGAGCGAUUGUAUCUCUGGGAUCAGACCUCCAGAAAUCUAACUGAUUUCACUAGCAAUUUCUCCUUUGUCAUCAAUUCACAAGGCUCCAGUCAGCAUGCCGAUGGACUUACGUUCUUCCUUAAUGGUACCCAAUUGCAUACAGAUACGUUGGGAGGAACUCUUGGUCUCGCCAACGAAAAGAAUGAGACAAACAAAAGUGCAGUUACUUUUAUUGCAGUGGAGUUUGAUACAUUUACAAACGCAGCAAAGAAGGAUCCGGAAGGUGAGCACAUUGGUAUUGAUAUUAACUCCAUGAUAUCUGUUAAAACUGUGAACUGGUCCAGCAAUAUCACGGGAGGAAAGAAAAAUCAUGUUUCCAUCAGUUAUACUUCUAGUUCACAUAAUCUGAGUGUUGUCCUAAUUACUGAGGUUACGGACAGUACCAAUACUACGCAAAGCCUCUCUUACGAAAUUGAUCUGAGGGAAUACUUGCCGGAAUACGUUACUAUGGGCUUCUCAGGCGCAACAGGAACCUAUUUCCAGAUAAACAAAAUUUGCUCAUGGAAUUUUAGUUCAACUUUGGAAUUUCCCAGUUCUGUAGAACCAGGAGAGGGAAAGAAGACAGGACUUAUGGUGGGAUUGAGUGUUGGUGCAUUUGUUGUGGUGGGUGGGUUGGGAUUGGUUUGGUAUUACAUGUGGAAGAAGAGGAAUACUGGGGGAGAUCAAGAAGAUGGUGCUGACUCUGACCUAGCAAUGGAUGAAGAUUUUGAGAAGGGUACUGGACCGAGGAAGUUUUCUUUUAAUGAAUUGGCUCUUGCGACCAGUAACUUUUCAGACGGAGAGAAGCUUGGAGAGGGAGGGUUUGGUGGGGUCUAUAGAGGUUUCUUGGGGGAACUGAACUCUUAUGUUGCAGUUAAGAGAGUAACAAGGAACUCCCAACAGGGGAUGAAGGAGUACGCAUCUGAAGUGAAGAUCUUCUGUCGAUUGAGGCACCGGAACUUGGUGCGGCUCAUGGGCUGGUGCCAUCAAAAAGGAGAGCUCCUAUUGGUUUACGAGUUGUUGCCAAAUGGAAGCUUGAGCACCUGUCUUUUUGAAGAAAAAACCUUGUUAACAUGGGCUAUGAGGUAUAGAAUUGCUCUAGGCUUGGCCUCUUCGCUUCUGUACCUACAUGAAGAAUGGGAGCAGUGUGUGGUACACAGGGACAUCAAGUCCAGUAAUGUGAUGCUGGACUCAGAUUUUAAUGCUAAGCUUGGAUAUUUUGGGUUAGCCAGGCUUGUUGAUCAUGGUAAAGGGUCACAAACCACUGUUUUAGCAGGGACCAUGGGCUACAUAGCUCCUGAAUGUUUCAUGACAGGCAAGGCUAGUAAGGAAUCUGACGUGUACAGUUUUGGAAUUGUUGUAUUGGAAAUUUGCUGUGGAAGAAGAGCCGUGGAAACAAAGGCCGAAGAAAAUCAGAUCAGAUUGGUGGAGUGGGUUUGGGACCUCUAUGGCGUAGGAAAACUUCUUGAAGCUGCUGAUCCAAGACUGUCUGCAGAUUAUGAUGAUCAACAAAUGGAACGAUUGAUGAUUGUUGGUCUUUGGUGUGCUCACCCGGAUUGCAAUGCUCGUCCUUCAAUGAGGCAAGCAAUUAGUGUCCUUAAUUCUGAAGCUUUAUUGCCUCUUCUUCCUAUAAAAAUGCCUGUGGCAAUGUAUUACGCUCCUCCGGCGCUGCAGACAUCCUAUAGCACUAGCCUUUCUGAGAGAAACCACACCCAGUUUUCCAACUCCUCUAAUGGCACCGCGGACUCAUCAAAGGUCUCAGAAUCUUCUUCAACCUUGUCUCAAUCCGCAUCCCUAUUGCACAGACGCUAAUUCGGUCGGAAAUAGCCCUAUGAUUCAGGGUUUGUUAUUUCAUUUGAAUUUGUUUCAUUUCAUUGUUGUUCAUGAGAUUCAUAUUAUUUGUCCU